GUUGGAUUCUGAUUGGAAAAGAGUGGCAAUCUCGGUUUGUUUUCUUCAAAAGAUCGCUGAUUGAAUUUUGUUUAUUUUUUAAAUUUACAUUUUCGAAUUGUUGAUUAUCAAUUUUGUGGAAUUUUACAUUGUAGUAUUUAAGGGAAAUUAUGGUCACUGUAUAAGAAAAACAUUACCGUACCUGAUUGAUAAAGAUCCACGUAAUUCUGUAGUUUUGCUGUGCAGAAUGGCAUUGCGCGUGGGAGCCAUUUCGGCCGAUCUGUGUCGGGUAUGCACUCGGGACGUUACCAAUAUUCCAUCGGAAAACAUAUUCAAUUUGUCCAACUCGGAUGGCCCCAGUAUUCACAGUAAACUCAUCGCAGUUUGUUCGCAAGUAUUUGCCGAUCAGUCGGAGGAAAAACCAUUGGCUACUGAAGCUCUAGCACUACCUCUUAAUGUUUGCUUGAACUGUAAAUCAAAAGUUGAUGAAGCCUAUGAACUGCAUCAGAUGUGCCUCGAGAGCAACCGAAGGUUCCUAGAAAUGUUAGCGACUCCUAUGGAACUGGAAAUCAAGGAAGAACUGGAAGAUACCGUCGAACUGGAACCGACUCAGAUACAGUUGCCGGAAGUAUUUGCAGAAUGUCUUGAAAAUCUGUCGAAGAAGCCGAAAAGAGCCGUUAAGAAAGAACCCAAGGAGAGUAAAGUCAGGAAAAAAGCGAAAAAGCCAAGUAAAUCCGGAGGCCAAGGGUUAGAAGAUGUUGUUCAGCUGGAACCACCUCAGGCAUCGCAAAUAUUACCAGAACGUCAUGAAGACCAAUCGAUAAAAACUGCAGAAAAGAAAUCCAAUGAAAACCAGGCCAAAAAGAAAACGAGAAAGCCCAGAAACUUCCGGUGCGAAAAAUGUAGUGCAACUGCCAAUCGUCCUUUUGCCCUAUUCAAGCACAUGAGACUAAAGCACCCCAACGAGGCACUGCCUUGCCAUUACAGAAAAUGCGAUGAAGUUUUCUUCGAUGAGGCCAAGCUAGAAGAACACAAAAAGUUUCAUUUGAUCGACAAGCCCUAUCCUUGUCCAAAUUGCGGCAAAGGAUUUAAAACGCCCUACGCUAUCAAAGUGCACUCGAAUCAAUGCACAGGACACACUCCCUAUCUGUGUACCGAAUGCGGGAAAGCCUUUUCCUACUCUUCGAGCCUGCAUCAGCACGUUCUGCGCCACAAAGAGAAGUCCUUCGCUUGCGAUAUGUGUCCUUCGAAGUUUCACGCGAAAAUUGCUCUGAAGCAGCACAUGUUGACGCACACCAAGGAACGGAAAUUUCACUGCGAGAUAUGCGGAUCGAGGUUCACGAUGAAGCACGCGCUGAUGAAGCACAAUAUGACUCACACGGAUGAACGGCCGUAUCCUUGUGAGUUAUGUGAUUGGAGAUUCCGAACUAGUUACCAUUUGAGUCGACACGUGCGAACGCACACAGGAGAAAAGCCGUUCAAGUGCACGCAUUGUGAUCGCGCAUUUGCCCAAACUGGAGAUCUGAUCAAGCACAGCAAAACCCACUUCGGUGACAAUCCGUACAAAUGCGAACAAUGCGAUGCGGCGUUCCGUUUGAUGACUGAUCUCCGGAACCAUUAUAAGGAGCACUUCCAAGCGGGCGAAAAAGACAAGUUGGACCAGUCGAAAGCGUUCAGGUUCACUGUUGUGAGUACACUGAACAGGCGUGCUGAGCAGGAGAAAAAUCUGGAUGGUCAUCCCGUGAACCAAGCCCCGGAUGAAGGAAGCGAGGUCGAAAUGGUGCAAACAAUUCUGGCGGACCUUUCUGAGUUUCCGAUGGAGACAGAGAAUAAAAGUUGAUCUAUAACAAGCUUUCAA